AUGGCCGGCGUUGGACUCGUAAGGAGGCAUGCAGACCUCUUCCGACGCGGGGGAGGAUUGGACGCACCGUCGGAGGUUAUUCUAUCUUGGCCGGCUCCAAACUAUGUCAAUCCAGAGAGACACAGCGAUUCUGGACCCAUCAUCGUGAUCAUAUUCCUGGUAUUGUCCAUUCUAGUGUAUUUCGCGCGGAUGUGGGCAAGGGUGGUCAUGACGAAGACUGCCGGGCUCGAUGAUUGGAUCAUGACCAGCUCGAUCAUACCACUGAUCGCAGCGGCUAUUGCGGUGGUGCUUGCCUGUCGGGAAUAUGGCUUCCAAUGGCAUACCUGGGAUCAGACUUCGGAGACACUAAUAUCCACCAGGAAGGCAAUCUUGUACCUGCUAACUACAAGCCUGAUCAAGAUAUCGAUUCUUUGCUUCUACAAACGAAUCACGAACGGGUCGAUAUCCAAAACCUUUGUUUACUGGAUCUGGGGCUCCAUCGCAUUCGUCAUCAUAUACUUCUUUGCCUUCAGCCUUUCGGUAAUCUUCACAUGUUCGCCAAUCGAGGGAUACUGGCACUAUUUCGAUAUUACCUGGAGGCUGUCACAUGAACUGAAAUGCCGUGAUGAAGGCGCUCUGAUUGUGGCUGUAGUGGUCAUCAGCACACUACAAGACUUCUUCCUCUGCGCAUUGCCGGUAAUACUUAUUUGGAAUCUCCAGAUCUCGAAGCGACAGAAGGCUGCGCUUUGCGGUAUCUUUGGUCUAGGCCUGUUGACCUGCUUGUGCGGCGUCAUGCGAGCCUACUAUGCAAUUUCCGUCUACUACACGACAUAUGAUAUUACUUGGUACGCGUGGUACGGCUGGGUCUGGACGGCUUUAGAGGCGCAACUGGGUGUAAUGUGUGCUUGUGCCCCAGCCCUGAAAGGCUUCUUUAAGCGCUACUUCAGCCUCAGCUCCGUUCACAGCAACACAUACGGUCAUGGCACAAGGGGACAAAAUCCAAGCGGAAGAGUCCCUGGAUACGGAAAGCUCAGUGUCGGAAAUUCUCUCGCGACAUCUUCACAUGCCGAGGAACCUGUGCCACUGAAUCGUAUCAAAGUCAGCACAACGACGAACAUAGUUGAAGAUAGGGACGACAGAGUAAGCGUUGAGAGCACUGAAAGCACCAGACAUCUGACGGCGCUUCCAAAUACUGCUCUCCCUUUGCCCGUUCACCACGACGUUAGAGGCACCAGUCCCUCGAUAUGGAACGGAAACCGCACAGUCAUUACAGCUUACCGGGAAGAACAUGAACUUGACAUUGAGAAGAAUGUACGAGAUUCUUGA